AUGGCUCCUUUUAUGAUCGCAAGUGAGGGCAGCAUAGCGUCCCGCUCGUCAGAUGAGCUUGAGGUUCUCCAUUCUAAGGCACAGCUUCACUUUCGCAUCAAACUUGAGAAAGUCAAGAAACGAAAUCCCUGCCCCGACAUUACCAUCUACGAGUUCUACUUCGAUCGCGAGAAAUCGUCCGUCAAGAACGUACCGCACGACCUACAGCUCGAAUUUUACUUCGCCAACUACAAUGCAUUCACUGAGAGUGGGUUCCAGCCUCAGCGCGACAGGAAUUUCGAUAUUGUGAGAGCGAUUUGGUACUACAACCUUGACCACAGGCAUUCCUUCUCCCGCCACUUCCAGGGCAUCCGUUACAACAUCAUCCUAAUGGUAUUUCUGUGGGCCGGCAGGAUUUUGGAAAGCGGCACAGUUGACGGCAUUUGCGACGAUGAGUGUGGCACGUUUUGGUAUACGUAUAUCUGUGCCUGGAUGGAAUCUCUUGACAACCCGACCGAAUUCACAAAGCGCGAUGCCUUCAUUAAUGUAUGGGUAAAGUCCAAGUACGACCUCAUUACCUUCCCACGCACCUACCUACAACGCAUCAAGAAACUCGUUGGUACAAUUAAGGAAAUGGUUACGUCGACGAAAUUUCCGCCCUCCGAAUUCAUCGCACGCUGCGAAGACCAUUCAAUAGACGAGGCAUUGUUUGCAAAAGAGGGUUUCAUACUGGCCUUGAAGUGGGCGUUGACAAAGGAAGGUGAUGCUCAACCGGAGGAGAUGAGUUCCAAAGUAGACGCUCAGGCAUACGAAGAUUUGCCUCCCAUUCGGCGUCGGUACACACCCGAAGACGUUGCCAUUGUCGAAGAAUCGCUCACCGAACCUGAACGACGUACUCUUUGCGAUGUCCCUUGGAACAGCGCCCACGUUAAGGCUUUAUUGGUAGAUGUUGAUAUGUCCGCGCGCGGUUCAGGCAUUGAGAUGGAUGGCCGCGUACACUGGAUGGAUAUGGACAAAGCGGAGGAGCUACUGAAGAGAGUUACGGUCGAUGAUAUCACGAAGAUGUGUGCUACAUUAGGCGUUGCUGACUACGGUAACAACGGCGAUGUUAUGGACAUGGACAUGACGUAG